AUGAGGUUUAGCAUAAGAAGGCAUUUUUGUAGGAAGAACAAGUUUACUAACCAACUUAUUUGUAGACUUUUGGUUUACAACAAGGAGGGAUUUCAGAAGGUUGACAAACGAGACCCAUUGACAAAAAACCCUAGAGCUGAAACUAGAACUGGUUGUGAGGCUCGACUUUAUGUUAAAUUAGAUGAGGGUACUGGGAAAUUUGUUGUGACUGAUUUCAAAGAAAAACACAACAAUGAUCUUAUAUCACCCGAGUAUGCCCACAUGUUGCCGUCACAAAGAAAGAUAUCGACUACCCAAGCAAUUGAGUUAGAUUUGGCGGCACAAUCUGGUCUUUGUUUAGGCCAGUCUUUUGAACUCAUGGGUAGGGAAGCUGGUGGGAGGCAAUGUCUUGGGUUUACAAAAUUAGAUCAAAAAAAUUAUUUGAGAACCAAAAGACAACAAAGUUUAGUAUAUGGGGAAGUAUGCAAUGUGUUGCAAUACUUUAAAGAAAAAUCUUUGCAGAAUCCUCCAUUCUUUUAUGCUUUUCAGUUAGAUAAUGAGGAGCAAAUAACGAAUAUGUUUUGGGAUGAUGCACAAAUGAUCAUGGAUUAUGUCCAAUUUGGUGAUGUUGUCACAUUUGAUACGACUUACAAGUUAAACAAAGAACAUAGACCCUUUGCAUCUUUUGUGGAAUUCAACCAUUAUAGGGAAACAAUUAUAUUUGGUGCAGCCUUGUUGUAUGAUGAAACCGCCGAAUCGUUUGAUUACAUUCGUUCUGAUUUUAACUUAAAUGAAUUCUUCAUGCAUUUUGAAAGGGUACUUUACGAGAAGCGAUACAAGGAGUUAGAAGCAAGAUAUGUUUUGUGCCAAAGGUUGCCAAAGGUGAAAGCAACAAUAAGAAUGUUAAUUCAAAUAGGUAAUGUGUACACUAAAAAGAUUUUUGAGAAAUUUCAAAAUGAGUACUUUCGAUCCAUUGAAUCGGACAUAGAAGCAAUUGAAUAUGGCGAGGCUAGUGCCAUUUACACAGUUGUUGAUGUUGGUAACAAACAUGCAAGGAAAGUGAAGAUAGAGAGGGAUGGCUCUUUGGGUUGUAAUUGUACAAAGUUUGAAAGGGAGAGAAUCUUGUGUUGUCACUCAUUGAAGGUUAUUAGAGACAUGAUGAAGAUGAAAGAGGUUCCUCUACAAUACAUUCUAAAGAGGUAG